AUGAGCUUAAAUCGAACUAUUCCAGCCUCUCCGGUUGAGGCCGUCUAUUUCGGCAUUGUGGACUGUGUGCACAAAGAGUUGGAAGCAGGAAGUUUCUCUGUCAUCGACGAGGAAACCGCUGCGGCUUUUGUCGCGGCAUGGAAGGAAGGCAUCAAGUCCCGAUUGGAAAAUCCAUCUCCUUUACCAGCCCGACUCACUAGGACGCUGCGAUCUCGUGCCACCAACUAUUUCUCGACGACGAUUUGGAUGAAUAAGGUGUUGACUAUCCAUGAGUGUUGCAGGGGGAAACUCGCCAGCAACGCCGGCGGACUACAAGCGUCCAGCGGUCUGAACAACCAUUCCGGCAUAGCUCCACGGCAUCCCAAGAAGGUGACAAGGCCAGCCGAAACAGGCAAGCGGCUGUCUGGUCUCAGACCAGCUUGCUGGACGCUGACGCUCAACAACGGAGUGAUGAAGGUUGCGGGUCGGGAGUUUGCGUUUGAUAGACUCGAAGCAGAAGUGAAGGAAAGCAUGGACAUAUACACCGAAGCCGAUAAACGGCUUUUUAUGUCUGCUGCUCUCGAGGAGGCACGGAGCGCGCUACAAGAGGGUGAAGUACCCGUUGGCUGUGUGCUCGUGGACUCCAGGACACGGCAGGUUGUGGCCAAGGGCCGAAACGCAACAAAUCGAACGAAAAAUGCAACAAGACACUGCGAGCUAGAAGCACUGGAUGCUUACAUGGCACGGUUUCCACCCACAAGAAUCGGCGACAGUGAAGCACCGGUUGACAUGUCCUCUAUCGAUUUAUUCGUGACGUGUGAGCCGUGUGUCAUGUGCGCCGUUGCUCUCCAGUGUAGUGGUAUCAAACGAGUUUUUUAUGGGUGCGGAAACGAUCGAUUCGGAGGAUGUGGUUCUGUGUUGAGCUUCCAUAAAAAGCUCUCCGCACACUGGACAGGCCUCGAAUGCUGUCCGGGGAUUUUCAGGGAGGAGGCCAUUGAUCUCUUACGUUCGUUUUACUCGCGUGGAAAUCCCAACGCUCCCGAAGAGAAAAGACAUCGCAAGACUUAA